AUGCACGAUCCUCACCACAAACCAUUUCAACCUCCCCCCCUCCAGGCUUGCGCGGCUCCCACGCGGCGCAUGCCUUGGAAGAGGGCGCCUCACUACCUGCGAAGCUCCGUGCGUCAGCGGAACUUAGGGGAGCUCACAGGUGGUCCCAGCUCGGACACUGCGGUGGCGGCAACCCAAGUGGAUCCCAGGAACCAGAAAAUUCAUGCUGUCGAACGUUGCCUGGAACCACGUGGGACGACACCAGCGAGCGACCUCUCGUGGGGUGCCUGCCUGAAUGCCCUUUCCAUCGUGCCCCAUCCGCCGACCUCCGCCGACCUGGUCACUACGGGUCUACUACGGCGUUGGUCCGUGCCGUGGGCCUGUGGGUCUCGUGGUCAGGCGCUGGAGCAAGGAACGCCACAGCUCGACGCCUUGCUCCUCGUUGAGCACCGCCUAAAAGCGGCGUGA